UCGCUGCGCGCGGGGGUUUAUCAAAAAUCUAAAACCCUAGAGAGCUCCGCCCAUGGCGAUCUUUCUGAGACGCACGCUCUCAUUCCGGAACGUCCUUCUCCUCCGUAGCUCCGCGCUGCUCAGUCGCGAGCUCCGGCAAUGCAACUCCGCGUCACCGCACAGGGUUUUAUCUCUUCCCGCCCUUGAAUUCGUCAGAGAAAGCCGCAGAGGCUUCGCCAAAGGCCGCAAUAAAAAAAAAGAAGAUGAAUCGGCUGCGAGUACAGUUGAAAUUUUGCCAAACAUGGGGCCGACGAUCAAGGCAAAUGCCACCUCGCAUAUGGAGGCGGCGAUCGCAGCGCUAACGGCGGAAUUAAGCAAACUGCGCACCGGAAGAGCAUCUCCUGGAAUGCUUGAUCACAUCAUUGUGGAAACCGGCGGUGUGAAGUUGCCCUUGCAUCAGAUAGCCGCUGUUUCGGUCAUUGAUUCGAAAACUUUAUCCAUCAACCCUUUCGAUCCCACGGCCUUAUCGAACUUGGAGACUGCCAUUGUUGAAUCUCCAUUGGGGUUAAAUCCUAAAGUUGAUGGGGACCGACUGAUUGCAGCAAUUCCUCCAUUGACGAAAGAGCAUGUUCAGGCUAUUUGUAAAGUGGUUACCAAGUCCGCUGAAGAUGGCAAACAAAGUAUUCGAAGAGGUCGCCAAAAGGCAAUGGAUACGAUAAAAAAGUUGACCAAAAACUACCCGAAGGACGACUUAAAGAGAUGGGAGAAAGAGGUUGAUGAGUUGACUAAAAAAUUUGUCAAGACAGCAGAGGACUUGUGCAAGGCAAAGGAGAAGGAGAUCAGUUCUGGCUAAAAGGUGGUGUUUCGAAUCUGGUUGGCGCUCGAUCCCACUCCUUUCCGAAGAGCUCUAUCGGAGUUCCCUUUUGUUAAAGAGUCCGUUAGUUUUUCGUAUUUAUUACAACUUAAUUCUCCGUUCUGGAAAUAUUUAUAAAGUGAGCUCAUUUCGAUUAAAAUCAG